UAAAAUAACAGCUCAUCAACUCACCCCGCACUUCAUUCUGCAUCGAUGGCUCUACCUAGCGUAUCACACAGAUCCAUCACGUUCCUUUCCCUUUUCCUCUUUCUCUCUUCAUCCCUAAUCCCUAUUUCUCAUGCGGCAACGGACACCUUGAGGCCGGGCGAAUCUCUAAGCGAUGCCGACGCCCAAACCCUCGUCUCCGCCCGGAACGUGUUUGUGCUGGGCUUCUUCAGCCCCGGCAACUCAUCCACCAACCGCUACGUCGGCAUCUGGUACCACCCCAACGUUUCUGUCAGUCCGGAGGUCGUCUGGGUGGCCAACCGCCGCCGCCCCAUCCGCGGCUCCGGCGGUCGCAUCACGCUCUCCCAGUCAGGCGACCUAACGGUGCUCGACGGGGCGAGCAACCUCAUUUGGUCCGCGGGUGCGUCCGUCCGACCAAACUCGACCUUGCAGCUGCUGGACGAAGGAAAUCUGGUGAUCCAAACGGUCGGCGGCGGGGCGGUGACGUGGCAGAGUUUCGACUACCCGUCGGACACGUUCCUCCCCGGGAUGCGGGUGGGGCUCAACGCGACGACGGGCGAGCCGCAGCUGUUCACGUCGUGGGCGAGCCCCGAUGACCCGGCGCCGGGGAAGUACUCGAUGGGCAUCGAUCCGCAGGGCUCGGCCCAGAUCUUCAUAUGGGAAGAGAUCGGCAGCCAGCGGGUGCGGAGGUGGCGGUCGGGGGAGUGGAACGGGCACAAGUUCAUCGGGACAGUGAUGCGGGCGCUGUACAACUACGGUUUCUCCUACAACACGGAGGGCGUAUACUUCACCUACACGCCGCACAACGCGUCGCUGCUGCGGUUCGUGAUGCAGUGGGAUGGGUUGGAGCGGACAUGGAUGCAGUCGCCGGAGACGAGGCAGUGGAAGGCGGUCUGGGAGCAGCCAAGCGACGAGUGUGAAGUGUACGACAAGUGCGGCGCCUACGGAAGUUGCUUUCUGGACAGCCAGCGGCGGCCGAGAUGCCAGUGCUUGCGUGGGUUCGAGCCCCGGUUUGCAGACGAGUGGGCCGCCAGCAAUUGGACCGGGGGUUGUGUGCGACGGGUACAAUUAGCGUGCAACAAUACCGGUAACAACACUGGACCGGAUGGGUUCUGGAGAAUGGACCGGGUUAAGCUGCCGGACCACGCGAUCUGGUCCAGGAACACAGCGAGCGAGGUUGAUUGCCGGAAGGCGUGCUCGAGCAACUGCUCGUGCCUAGCCUACGUCUACGGCGAAGCUGAUAUCUCGUGCAUGAUGUGGACGACUGAUCUGGUCGACAUUUACCAAUCUACCGUUUUCGACUACGAUCUCAAUAUCAAGCUCGCCGCUUCUGAAUUGGGCAACAAAAGCAAGUCAAUCAGAACAAUAGCGCUGAUUGCAUCUAUGUCAGCUUUGGCGUCUCUCUUCAUUGUAUGUGGCUGUUUAUUAUGGAAAUAUAAUGCAAGAAGAAAAGUGAAUCAAAGACAAAAAGAGAAUUUAAUGGCUAGUUCACAGUUGAGUGGAGGACUAGUAUCGGAUUUUUCUAGCUCGAGCUAUCAUGUAGAAGAAAAGCAAGAAGGAAAAAAUUCAGAUCUGCCUGUUUAUACAUUUGACGCUAUCCAAAUUGCGACAAACUAUUUUUGCGAGUUAAACAAGCUUGGAGAGGGUGGCUUUGGCUACGUUUAUAAGGGUGUGUUGCCUGGAGGUCAAGAAGUGGCAGUGAAGAGGCUUUCAAGAAGUUCAGGGCAGGGCUUGGAGGAAUUCAAGAAUGAAGUCAUUCUCAUCUCUAAAUUGCAGCACAGGAACUUGGUUAGAUUGCUCGGUUGCUGCAUUCAAGCCCAUGAAAAAAUUCUCAUCUAUGAGUAUCUCCCAAACAAAAGCCUAGAUGCCAUCCUUUUUGAUCCUUUAAAGAAAGAUGUACUAGACUGGAAUAGAAGGUUCAACAUCAUAGAAGGCAUUGCUCGUGGUCUUCUUUAUCUUCACAGGGAUUCAAGGUUGCGGAUCAUUCAUCGUGAUUUGAAAGUUAGUAAUAUCUUGCUUGAUGAAAACAUGAACCCUAAAAUAUCAGACUUUGGCAUGGCAAGAAUCUUUGGAGGUGAUGAAAAUGAGUGCAACACCAAUCGUGUGGUUGGCACAUUCGGCUACAUGUCUCCUGAGUAUGCAAUGGAAGGAUUAUUCUCGAUGAAAUCUGAUGUUUAUAGCUUUGGAAUUCUCAUCAUGGAGAUCAUCAUCGGUCAAAGAAAUAGUAGUUUUCGUCACAUGGAGAAUAAUGUCAGCAUUGUAAGAUAUGCUUGGACGAUGUGGAACGAGGAAAAAAUAGCUGAACUAGUAGAUCCGAUGAUUGGAUUACCAUCCACAAUCAACCAAGUAAAGAGAUGUGUACAUAUAGCAUUAUUGUGUGUUCAAGAUCGAGUGAUUGAUCGACCUGAUGUCGAUAACAUCAUUCGGAUGAUGGACAAUGAAACAAGUGUUCUGCCCAUGCCAAAACAACCCAUGUUUGUAGUAGAGAGAAGCCCAAGUGAGACAGAGUCUACAACCAUCAAAUAUGGAUCCUUCUCCAAUUCUGAUGUUACCGUCACAGUGCUAACAGGAAGAUAAAUUGAAUGGUAUAUAAACUUAUUCUUACAUACAAGCAUCGAGUAUAUAACUCCAUUGUUUUUGUUUCAUGCAUCUUCACGGUAUAUUAGAUUCAAAAUGUAGUUGGUCUGAAAUAUAGUUGGGAUGAAUUAAAUAUGGCUUGAUGGUGAUGAUAUAUCUUCAUGAUAUUUGGGAAAUUUUGUAAUUCUUAGUUUUUUUGUUCUCAAUUUUUGUGAUAUAGAUACCUGAAAAUGUGAAAUCUAUUAUUGAGAAAUUGAAAAUAGAUACAAAACUUGUGUGAUUAUUACU